AUGUCCUUGCCGUCGACGACCACGACAAGACACCAGCUAGUGUCUGCGCUCGGUCCAAAGGCGCCUCAGUACUGGCAUCAAGUCAAGGCACUCCUCGAGACUACGCAACUAUGUUCGUGUCCUAGUAGACAUCGCCUUUUGCAGCUGCACAACUCGCUGAUACCACCACCGCGGAAGCGGCGACGAACACUACCGUACCAGGGAGCGGACAGCUAUGACACGGCGACACUUCGCUCAGACAGGUUGAAGAGGUGGACGGUUGGGCUGGGAAGGCGGGAGCGGGAGCGCGUACGGCAACUUGAACAAUUCGCUGUGCCACUGGAGUCGCGACCUCAGCAAUACAAGGACGAGAUUGCUGCCGACCGAGGAAUUCAGGUACUCCAAGAACGUGGAGAACCUCCAGGGAGUAGGCUGCCACUGCAGUUAGCUUCAAUAUCUCGGGGGUUCACCUUGCAACAUAUCUCUGACCGUAUGAACCUUGUGUGUGCGCAGAGCAACCUUGGCGCGCCCUCGAGACUCGUUUCACAACUCAUGAUGCUUGGAUUCGAGGCGAAGCUCAAGCAAAUCAUCUCUCAAGCACUCUCCCUUACUUCAACGUCGCACGCCAUCACCUCCAUUCAAACCUCUGGGAAGAAAACGAGCAGUUUCAUUCUUCCCGUCUCCGCCUUCGAGACCCUUUUCACAGUCUCGCCAGCUGUGCUGCCAAACAAGUCAGCAGCGGCCAUGCGAAUGGCGCUAGGCGACAACGAUGGGGUCGAGGAAGAGCUGCCAUUGCGAGAACGUGAGACACACGAUCAACGGUGGCAGCUGCUUUCCCUGCUCAGCGAACGCAGUACUGUGAAAGAAGCUUUACGGGCGUUGAGAUAG